GUUGUACACACACGUUAACUGCUGUUGGAUGGAAUCCCAUCAAGAAUGAUCGGAUGUACACUUACUUGAUGCGUCCUGUAGUAGGGUACCCCUAUUCAUCCUUCACCUAAUUUUAUGAAAACAACUUUAAAAUGGACGAUGAACAAAGUUCUAGCACAGUGAACAUUCAGGCAGAAGGAGGCUCUCUGUUGUCAGGAAGAGAUACAGUGACCAUAGACCAGCCACAGGGAAUGCAGCUACCGGAAGUCACAAUGUCAGGGGAUUACAGUAGGCAGCCUACCUUCAGCAAUGUCAACAUAGAGUCCUCUGAUGCUAAUGUUUCAUUGGCCGACCAGAAAGCAGUUCUCGUCAACAUUCGGCCUCCAGAAGGGGCCCAAAGUUCAACUACAGACAGCCUCCUCCCAACAGACGUGAGUUUCCUCCCUUCCCUUGUUAGUGUGACAGGGGGUACAUCAUCAGGAGACACAAAUCUUCACUUCUUUGUUCAUGAGCAAGGGAAGUACAUUCAGAUAGGCCAGUGUUGUGUGAUUGUUGAGAUGCAUGUCAACGACCAAACAAUGGAGAGACUCAAAGCCCAGGGCACCUUAGAAGUUGAGUCACAAAAUGGUGCCUCUCUGGUGACAGUGAGGUGGAGAGGCCUUGAGUUAGAUGAGGCAGAACUGAGGACCAACAUUAAAGUCCAGCUGACAGAGAAACUCCUUGACCUUGAGAGAGCGAUCCCUCAGGAUUUGAUGGCCAACCAGUGCAACAAGUGUCAGCAGCUUGUGACCUUUCUCCUGAGAGAAUUCAGGGGUUACUUAUCAAACAUCUCACUUGGGUGCAUUCAGCUCACAUUGUUCUUUAGCAACAGAGAAGACUUUCAGAGAGGCAGAUCUUCUGAGGUGAUCUCUAAGAUCCAAAAGUUCCUUGAUGGCCUACUGUUGACAGACAGAGUAAAUGAAGCCAGAUUCAAAGUGACAGUCUUGGAGAAAGGCGAUGAAGUAGCCGACCCUAUGGAUACCACAAUCUACAGCAGAGUGCAAAAAAAGACAUUUUCUGAGAAUUUAGGUGAACCCGGCAAUAUGACUAGUAGUCAGCCAGGAGAGAUGUUGACAAAGGGCCAGUUUACCCACCAGAUUAGUCAAAUGAAGCAGUCCAUUACAGAGGAGUUGAAUCUGUUCCACCAGGCAUUUCGCCAGGAGCAGGCCCAGAUUUUACGUGAUGCCAUGAAAGAAGUGCUGCCAGAAAUGGAGCAGCGAAUUAUUGAAAAUAUUUCUUCUAAACUUGACGCUAGUAAAGAAAUAACAACACCUGAAUCAGAUAGUGAGUCUGGCAAACAAUCUCCUGGCUUUUCAAAACAAAUGUCACCAAGAUGGACACCAACACAACCUUUCUAUCACACAACAGAAUUGCCUGAUUCCGUAUUUAUGCUUGGAGAAGAACCAGCCACUGUGGGUAGAAAACAAACCACUGGAUUCUUUCCAAUAAAGCCAAGUGUGGGAAAAAAGUUAUACACAAAAAUGUCACAUGGUGGAUCCUGGAAACAAACUCAAGACUUGGCAAUAAGUUCGUCAGAGGGGUCUCAUUUAGAAUCCAGAGAAGAUAUUUCUGAUGAUGAAGAAAUAAGUGAUUUAGUGAGCUUUGUACAGUCCAAAGUGAAGAUAUCUCACCGAGAGGUCAAGGUCAGGCAAAGGUCACAACCCCUAGAUUUCUCACACUUGUUCAACGCAAUUCAUGGAAGGAGAACUGAAAACGGAAUGGAGAAAUUAGAAGUAUGUCAGGAACCUAAAAUAACUGAGCUUCACGAAUAUUUGAAAGAGAUCUGGGGAGAGGACUCAAUGAAGGUUGUUCAACAAGCCUCGGACAUUGCUAAUAAAGUUACCUGGCCUCUGGAUGAUGUUGAGAUCUCUGAGAAGUUCUGUACGGUACUGUGUGUUGAUUUAUCUCACAGUAUGGCAGGUCAACCAAUCAAAGAUCAGGCCACACUUGCCAAAAAAAUCAUACAGGAUUGUUUGGGUCAUAUUGGCUUGGUUUCUAUUGGUUCUGAGACAAAGGUCGAACAAGAACUGACCAAGGACAAAGACACAGCUUUAAAAGUCAUUGGUCAAUUACAUGUUGAACCUUUUCAUCAAAGCUCAAGUAGUCCAGUUUUACAGGGACUAUUCACAGCUCUGAAGCUCCUACAGGGCAGAGUAAGGCCUACAGACUACGGUCCUCACCACACCAUGUACCCAAAGGUUGUCAUCAUUUCCGAUGGCCUCUUCAAUGACUGCUCCCCAGAUUUGGAAGGAAAACAGCCAUGUCCGAAGACAGACGAGUUGCUGACAUCUGUCUUAGAGGUUAUGGUUGCUAUGGAUAUUAAAAUGCCUAUCUACUUUGUCCCAGUCGGAAAGAAACAGGAUGUGACCCAUGGAUGGUUCAGUAAGCUGUCAGUUGUGGAGGAUGUAGACUUUCUUUCUGAUUCUGAAGUCAAAGAGAUGUCCAUUGGGAGAGCAAUGAAUGUCAUCAUGUGGCCUCCUCAUCCUGAGACCCCUUAUAAGUCAUGGCAGGCAGUGAAGGAAGAAUUUACCCAGAACCAUACUAGUACUAUGCUCAAGCAGAUUAAAUGGAACUUGGCUGAGUACUUCAAACAUCCCCCUCCAAUUGGAACUCGAGUCAAAAUAGCUGAAUUAAAAGAACACCAGAGGGGAACAGUAUUUUGUCACAUUCAAGGUGGAAAAGGAGAACAACCUGAAGAGGUGUUAAUUGUCCGGGACUAUACAGGGGAUAUUUUCACAUACCUCUGGAGUUUUGAUCAGGAAAAUGUCUUCUUUUAUAAACCCUCUGAAGAAUCCCAUACCUCAGAAUUUCCUGUUGGAACACUGGUCCGCAAAGUUGGAGCAAGUUAUGAUGACCUAGGUGUGGUGUUUCAUACAUGUAGUUCUGUAGUACAUUAUCACAUGGCUGAACCGCUCUAUCCAAAAGAUCCCGACAACUUGAAGGUUUCUUGGCGGUCAAAGCUUUCUAUUGGAGAUUACAGCUAUUUUUGUGAUGAAUAUGAACUAAGCCAUGCGGAAUCCCCCCUUUUAGAUCUAACAGGAUUGAUAGCUUCAAAAACUGGCGCGUUGAAGUUUUCUCAUGAUGAGAGAAAAACGAAGGAGCUAGGAGAAAUGAUCAGGGAGCACGGAAGCAGGACACGUAUAUUUUUUAGGUGAUUUCAGAGAAGAAUCAUUUCAUCAGUCAAUAAAACCUUGGUAUUAUGAACUACAGAAGAAAUGUCGCAUGCCGCAUCAGAGAAUUCAGAUCUUAAUGUUUUCUUUUUAACUUUAUGUAUUUAAAAUUUUUAGAGGUUGUAUCAGUGAUUGUUUAUAUAUUUUAGAUUAGAGAAUGUAUUGUGAUGUUAAUAAAGUACGAUUUGUGAUUUUAGCA